GUUUCCGCGCCUUCGCCUGGGUGGCGGGGCCGUCCCAGCGCUCCGGGAGCUGCGCCCGCCCGCGCCCCGCGCCGCCGCGGGCAAUGCUGCUGCCGUCCGACGUGGCCCGGCUGGUGCUGGGGUAUUUACAACAGGAAAAUCUUCAAGCUACCUGUCAUCAAUUUAUUUUGGAAAGCUCAGAUUUGAAAGAAUAUGCAGAGCACUGUACAGAAGAUGGGUUUAUUCCAGCCUGCUUGCUGUCGCUGUGUGGAAAAAACUUGACAACUAUUCUUAAUGAAUAUGUAGCCAUGAAAACAAAAGAAACAACAAAUGAAGUUCCUGCAAUGAUGUCAUCUCUGUGGAAAAAAUUAGACUAUACACUUUCUCAGAUCAGGAGUAUGCAGAGUUCAGAUUUUAGAUUUUCUGCUAAUCAAAGGAUACGUACAAGAAGUGGAAUUGUAGAAAUGAAAAGACAGAGAAUGCUUCAACAGUCUGCUCCUGCAGGCUCAGGAUUGUUGUCAGUAGCCCAUCAGUCAGGGCCACAGAAUUCCUCUUCUGUUGUGUCUCCUCAAGUAAUUCACAGGCCAGCAGUAAAUCAAAGUGUGCUGCCACAGACGAGACCGAAUAUGCUGUUUGUGAGCCAGUCACAAACUCAAGAAAAGAUCAACACAGGAGGUUUCAUACACAUUCAAGUUCCAACAUCACAAGAACGGAAGCUUCAUUCAAACUUGCUUUCUCCAGGAAGGCGAAAAAGUGAAUCUCAGAAGAGGAAAAGUAUUGGAACAUCUGGACCUCUUUCAGCAGCUAGAGGUUCUCAAGACUCUGACGAAGCAGUAACAGAAAAAGAAAGUGAGCCUCUUGAAGAAUUAAUUGAUGGUAACUUUCCACAACUGGUUAUUGAAAAUGCCAGAGAAAAAAUUUUGAGCAACAAAUCUCUUCAGGAGAAGCUCGCUGAAAACAUUAACAAAAUCCUGGGCAGUGAUGGCAGUGUUGCACAGGCCCCUAAACAGGCAGACAGUGGUCCCACAGAACAGGAGACUUCAAUUGAUGAAAUCCUUGGACUUCAGGGUGAAAUUCAUAUGUCAGAAGAGGCUAUACAGGACAUUCUAGAACAGACAGAAUCAGAUCCAGCUUUUCAGGCUCUCUUUGACUGGUUUGAUUAUGGAAAGAGCAAGGUAAACAAGAACUUACCUGCUGGUAUUUCUGGUCGGAGUGGAGUAGAAAAUGAAAUCUUGGUGGGUGAGGAUAGCCUGGAAACAUUUGGAAGUUCUUUAGGAACAGAAGAAAGUAGCAGAUGUGAUAAUUCUAGAGAAUCACUGUCCUGUAAAGAUUUUCAGUUAGGAGAAGCAACGUGUGCCUUGAAGACCAGCAUUAAUGAUGAUGAUAUGGCUAAGAAAAAUGCAACCAAUGAACAGCUGCAUGGAAAUUGUAGACCAAGGAAGCAGACUGAAGUACUUACAACUAUUACCCCUGAACAUAUUGGAGAUCUUGAAAUUGCUUUUGACUCUGUGCCUGGUUUGACUGAACCUGACAAGAGACAGAGUUCUGACAGCAAAUGUAAUGAACACUGUGCAGAUACUUAUGUUACAAAAGAGUCCUCUACAUUAGUGUCUGAAAGUGAGAGCGCUAUGGAAAUUGAAAAAGGCCCACCAAGUCAUAGUUCUCAAAGUAGUCCUAGUUUAGAAUAUGUUCGUUCUGGUAGUCCACAGAUUUCUUUGAUUUCAUUGACAGAGGAUACUACAGCCAAUGAAAACAAAACUCAUUCUCCAAGUAAAUGUCAGUUAUCACCAGAUACAUCACUGUCUGAAAAAACACUUUCUGAUGGGAGCCUUGGCCACAGUGUACAGCUGAGAAAAAACAAUUCAUCCAUUUCUAGCCCAUCAGCAGAUACAGAAAAAGAACAGAUUGUAACAAAUGAUACAGCUGCCUUACCUGGUGUUGUACAGGAGAACUCUGGUCACCACUCUGGCCAUCAGGAACAGAGCACCCAGCCAAACUGUGCUGCAGGAUCUCCAGGGGAAAUUUCGGAUCUUGACAAAGCGGAGUUGCAGCUGGAAGUUGUUGAUACAUCUAACAAAACUUAUUCAAAUGAUCAGCAUACACUUGAUAAGCCUUGUAAGAAGGAUUUUAACCUCCCUUCAGGACCGUCAAACUCAGAGGGUACACAAGGGGAAAUGCAAGAACCUUCCUCUUCUACAAAAGUAGAUGCCGAUAAUUUAUAUUUCUCUCCUGGUGAUAAAGCAUGUUCAGAAAUUUCUGUAGUAUCCACUGAAAAUAAUCUUACUACCUCUGAAAUAUGCCCCUCUCCUCUCCCAGAAACUGCAUCCUCAACAGAUGAGUCAGGUACUGAGGCCAAAAGUAUAAGCAGUGUAUCUUCUAGUAGUCAACCAAUGGAUGUUGAUCCUUCUAAUAUAAUGUCCCUCAAAAUCAUCAUCAGCGAUGAUCCGUUUAUUUCAUCAGACACGGAGAUAAAUAAUGCUGUUUCCAGCAUCACAGGAGAAAAUCUGCCUACUAUAAUACUGUCAUCUCCAGCCAAAUCCCCAACCAAAACUGCAGGCCUGUCCAAAUGUCUGACUUCAGAAGACACAGAAAAAAAUGUAGAUUCAGCUGCCUUGGCAGAGCAGAAUCUUCUUGUGCUUAGACCUAAAGAUCCUGUGGUCACCUCAGUUAACACUCAGAAUGAAGACUGCACUGGCUUUUCAGUUGCGGGUUCAACUCAUCUUUCCAACGAAGGGGGCCUUAUACAGCUGAUGCCAGCAACAAGCACAGCUUUUGGGAAUUCAAGCAACCUUUAUAUAGCCACCUGUAUGACUGAUCCAGCAACCUUGGGCACAGCUGUAACACCAUCAAAUGUAGUUGUAUUGCCUGGCGGUUCCAUGCCACUUGCUUCCCAAGCUCCAGCUGUACAACAGUUACAGACUCCUCCUAGAUCGAGUAAUACGUUUCCAGCAAACCAGACUGUCUCCCCAAACUUCCCACAAGGUUCUGCCAUUAUAAUUGCUUCUCCGGUGCAACCAGUUUUGCAAGGAAUGGUGGGAAUGAUACCACUCUCAGUAGUAGGACAGAAUGGAAAUACAUUCUCAGCACCUGCCUGCCAGGUUCUGCAUAUGCCUGUGGCUAAUCCGGUGUGCAAUGGAAGUGUCCCAAAACUUCCCAUCCCUCCCAAAUCACAGAAGAUUCCUGGACCAAGAAACAAGACUAAUACAGGAAAACUGGUUCCAAGUGUAGCUGAGCCUUUGAACCAUACUAAUUCUCGAACACAAAGGACUGGAAACUGGGACAAGCUUACCAGUGCAGAACUAGGAAGGAAAGUGGAGGAGAACUUACCUGUUGCACCAGUAGAGAGCACAAGCUCAAAUUCAAGACAAAGUGAGAGUCACAGGAGAGUGCUUUGCUUUGAUAACCUCCUACCCACUCCAGGAGGAAACACCCAAAUUCAGACUACUAAGAGUUCAUCCCAAAAAGAAAGAAACGAAAAUACUUUAUUUGCUGUUGACUCCGCAUCCUCCUCUGCUAAGGCACAGGUGCCAAAGAGAGAGAAGGAUAAAACGUUGCCCAGAAUUCUGUGUAAGCCAGAAGCUGGUAGCAACAGAAGCACAUCUGCAAAGGAGCUGCAGCCCGAGCGGAAGGUGGCAACUGCAGCACUGUCACUGGAUCCCUUCCACAAAACUACAGCAAAUAAAGAAAACGAAUUACGAAGGGAUACUGAUGAAAAGCUGAAGAACCAGGACACUGCCAAACUCUCAAAUGGUCAACAGAGUGUUGGCUUAUGGAAUGAGAAGACAGUUGCUUCGGUGCAAGAGCUGAACAAAAAGCAGGGAUCACUGUCCAAUGGGACUGGAAAUAGCAAAUCUUCAGGGCCUGUUUCUUUGUCCUCAAAGGAGCCAAAGCGAGAACCAGCUAAAGUUUCCAACCAAGGCAUUUGCCUGUCAAGUCCAUUCAGUAAACAGUGUGUGGAAAUGUUACAAGACAUUCAGUGGCAAAGCCCAACUGGUAAAACAGUUGAAAAUGGAGAGUUGCCAGUGCCCCGUACGCCGUCUGGAGUCGGGGACAGGCACACGGAUGAUACCACAGACAGUGUACGGACACCGACCUGCCGGCGCUUCAACGAGGACAGCACAACCCCCAGAAUCAUGGUACCCCCUGCCACGCCAGACCUGCCUGCCUGCAGUCCUGCCAGCGAAACAGGGAGUGAGAACAGUGUCAGUAUGGCAGCUCACACGCUCAUGAUCCUGUCGCGGGCAGCCAUCGCGAGGACUAGCACUGCCACCCCCCUGAAGGACAACACUCACCAGUUCAGGUCUUUAAGGAGCACAGUAAAGAAAAGGAAACUAGAGGACCUGAAUGAGGGUGAGAGAAAUUCUCGUUCUGCAAAUAGGAAAGACCUUCAGAGCUCUCCAACACCAUCAAAAAAGAAGAAAAUAAAGAAAAAGAAGCUACCAAAUUCUUUUCCAGCAGGAAUGGAUGUGGACAAGUUCUUGUUGUCUUUGCAUUAUGACGAAUGAACAAAAAGAAGUUGAACUGGGACUGUCUGAAGCUCAGUGGAACGAUGAUGAGGUUUUGCAUGAGAAUCGAAGUUAACUCUAAAGGGCAAGUUGCACUUUGAGUGCACUGAAGUUUCACUUUAUAGCAAAGUUGUGCUGUUUCUGAAGCAGGUUGCUAAGUGUAAAUAUCAUUGAGUUGGUAUAUGUUUAUUUUUGAAAAAGCACUUGCAUAAUUAUAGAGCCAUUUAAUUUGCAAAAUUGUAAAUUUGUGUAAAUGAAGUGUAAGAAAGGUUGCACAUUUCACGUUACACCACGUUGUCUGUGUUCUGCUGCUUUCUCUACUUGCCCCAUGAACCGGUCAGCCAGUCUGUGAAAAGGUGGUGAAUUUGAAGGUAGUGUUUUAUCAUUCACCAUUCUAAGACAAGGGCAGCUACCUUGGCCACUUCCCAUUGUCUUGUUGAAUCCAAAAGGGACUUAAAUCUUCAGAUCUAACUGGCUUGUACUAACACUCUCUUCUCUCACAACUGUCAAACCCAUGUCGUAAGGCUUUGAAUGAGUUAACAAAAACACCGGUAUCUAAACAUACAGCAAAUAAAACCUCAAAAAGCAUUUCUCAUCUGAUGAAGCUUUUCCCAGCCAGUCCUUCAGACAAGAACUUUAAUUUGGAUAGGCCUCAUCUGUUUACAGUAUUUGCUGCAUAGGAUGUAAUUUGAAUGCAAAAGCUGUUUACAAACCAUGUAUUUUUGUGUGGGGUUAUACCCCAGUAUGAAUACUUAAACUGGAGCGACAGCAGACAUGACUGACAGUGUGUUCUGUUGCAAAAGUCAAUUCUUUCACCUGUCUUUUGUACUGCUGAGAAGUUUGUUACUAUCUAUCUCUUACAUUUUUAGCCAGACAUGAAAAAAUUUGCGUCUGAUUUUUCUGUUUAACAUAGAGGUUAUCAUUGCUAUUAUACAAACUCUCUUCAAGUGGGGUGCAGGAGAAGCUCAGCCUGCAUUUUACUAAUAACUAGCAUGGGUUGCUCCGAAAUGGCAGAAUUUUCUCUAUUGGUCUUUCUUCCUGUGUUCUCAAAUUCUUGAGGUCUUAAAAAAUGCAAGUUUUGUUUUAAGAGUUCUGUACAGCAACAGGGCAAUGUUUCAGAUAGAAUACAAGGAUUCCUAAGGAACCAAUAUUAUGCAGUAGAUGUUUAUAUUAAACCCAUCCAAUAACUAAAUACUGCAUAGCAUUUACAGCUUGAAUAAAUAUUUUUGUUUUAAUAAAAAU